GUGAGGAAGAGAUCCCGUGUCAUACAGACGACACAUCCUUAUUGCGGCAGGGGGAUGCAAAGCUAGGUCAAGAGAAAAAAAUAUCUUGCAAUAUUUGAAAAGCCAAGUCGCUGUUGUUGACGCAGGGCGUUUGAGGCGCGCAGCAUCCGUUCAGCAUCAGCAGCAUCACUGAAGGAGGUAGAGACACUGCGAGCACGUCUUCAUUCAUAGCUGCUCUUUCAACGGAGCCGACAGGCCUCCAUCGUUUAUCCAGGUGUGGUUGAAGUAGCAGGAUGACGAGUCUGUUGUGUCUGCUGACUCUCAGCUCUCUGGCUCUGAGCUAUGCACAGGGUGGGGAUGUGUGUGUGUCGGGUCACAACAGUGGGCCAGUGUUUGAGGAGCAGCCGUCUAGUCUGAUCUACCCAGAAGGGAUGACAGAAGGCAAGGUGACCCUGAGCUGCCAGGCUCGCGCCAGCCCUGCUGUUGUGUACAGGUGGCGUGUGAAUGGCACAGAUGUAGCUGUCGGAGAGGAUUCACACUAUAUGCUGGUCGCUGGAAACCUUGUGAUCAAUAACCCGCAACAUGGGCAAGAUGGUGGGUCAUACCAGUGUCUCGCCAUCAACCGCUGUGGCACCAUUGUUAGCCGUGUCGCUAAUCUCAAGUUUGGCUACCUCCGUGAUUUCCCCCCUGAGGGUAGAAGCCCUCAGACUGUACAUGAGGGCAGUGGAACCUUUCUUGCCUGUCAACCACCUGCUCAUUACCCAGCUCUGUCCUACCGCUGGUUCAUCAAUGAAUUUCCCAACUUCAUCCAGCCAGAGGGGGGCAGAUGGUUUGUGUCUCAGGUGACUGGUAACUUAUACCUAGCUAAUGCAAGAGCCAAUGACACAGACAACUACUUCUGCUUCACCACUAUCAACAUGGAGAUCAGUACCAAGAGCAUCUUCAGCAAAGCCAUCCAGCUCACCGUUUACCCUGACGUGAACUUAAAAAAAUCUUCCCCAAACAUCCGUGUGCGUUUUCCCGCUGAGACAUAUGCAUUAGCAGGACAGACCACACAGCUGGAAUGCUUUGCCUAUGGCAAUCCCACUCCUAAGAUCCGCUGGAGGAAGGUGGAUGGGGUUUUAUCCCCUAAGGUUGGAGCCAGUGCAGAAGGACCCAUCCUGAUUAUUCCUGAACUGAACUUUGAUGAUGAGGGCAUGUAUGAGUGCGAGGUUUAUAAUUCAGAGGGCCGGGAGACACAUCAAGGACGAGUCUCUGUGCAGGCCCAGCCAGAGUGGCUGCAGGUAAUGAGUGACUCUGAGGUGGAGAUCAGUUCUGAGCUGCAGUGGAGCUGUGCCGCUGCGGGAAAACCAAGACCCAGCAUCCGCUGGCUCCGUAACGGACAGCCACUCAGCACACAGGACCGUGUUGAAAUCAAUGUUGGGCAAUUGAGGAUCAGUAACCUUGCCCUGGAGGAUUCAGGGAUGUACCAGUGUGUGGCCGAAAACAAACACGGCACAAUUUACUCAAAUGCUGAGCUCCGCGUUCAAGUCCAGGCUCCAGACUUCAGGUUAAAUCCUGUGCGUAAGCUGGUCCCUGCUGCCCGUGGAGGACAGGUUAAAAUGGAGUGUAAACCUCGAGCGGCGCCAAAACCCACUCUCUUCUGGAGCCGUGGCACAGAGCUUCUGACCAAUAGGAGCAGGAUAACAGUCACUCCAGAUGGGAUUCUGUGGAUCUCCAACAUUAGUCGGGCAGAUGAGGGGAAGUACACAUGCUUUGCAGAAAACUUUCUUGGCAAAGCCAACAGCACAGGACACCUGUCUGUCAGAGAUGCCACAAAAAUCACACUAGCGCCCUCUAAUGCUGACAUCAAUCAAGGUGAAAAUGCCACCCUGCAAUGCCAUGCAUCACAUGACCCUACUAUGGACCUCACCUUCACCUGGUAUCUCAAUGGGGUUCUUUUGGAUCUGGAGGUACCAAAUGGACACUAUCGUCGCAUGGAGGGGAAAGAGACAGUUGGUGACCUGGUAAUAGUCAACGGGCAGCUCAGUCAUGCUGGCACAUACACCUGCACAGCCCAGACGGUGGUGGACAGCGCGGUGGCUUUAGCCAAGCUGGUUGUGAGGGGCCCACCAGGCCCUCCUGGAGGUUUAGUGGUGACAAGUUUCAAUGACACUACUGUUGAGUUAAGAUGGAGCCGUGGAUAUGACAACCAUAGUCCCAUCGGCAAGUAUGUUAUCAUUGGCCGCUCUGCGAAGACUCAUGAAUGGAAGAGGAUGAGGACAGACCCAACUAACAUAGAAGGAAAUGCUGAGGCUGCACGUGUGACUGAUCUUCGACCCUGGAUGGAUUAUAAAUUCCAGGUCAUUGCCAGCAACAUCCUGGGUAGUGGAGAACCAAGCAUGCCCUCCCAGACAGUCCGCACCAAACAAGCAGCGCCGACCGUGGCACCCAGUGGACUUGGUGGAGGUGGAGGAAACCGUAAUGAACUUAUCAUAACAUGGACUCCCAUGGCGAGGGAGUAUCAGAAUGGAGAUGGCUUUGGUUAUAUCCUAGCCUUCAGAAUACAAGGCGUGCCCACGUGGACAGUGGUAAGAGUGCCACACGUGGAGUCUACAAGAUAUGUCUACAGCAAUGAGAGUCUGUCUGCCUACUGUCCCUUUGAGGUCAGAAUCAAGGCCUACAACAAGAAAGGAGAAGGUCCCUUCAGCCAGAUUGCUGUAGUGUACUCUGCGGAAGAGGAACCUACUGUGUCCCCAAGAAGGAUUAACUCCACUGCACUGACCGCUUUUGAAAUUCAGGUGUCCUGGGACCCCAUUCAGCAUUUUAACAUUAACGGAGUUCUUCGGGGUUAUGAGAUCCGUUACUGGCAGCAACAUGAGCGGGAAGCAGCAGCCGACCGGGUGAGAACGGCAGGACUUGAAAACACAGCACGGGUGACGGGCCUGAGACCUAAUACUCUCUAUCACAUCACCGUACUGGCCUACAACAGUGCUGGCACCGGCCCACCCUCCCCAAGAACCACAGUCACCACCAAAAAACCCCCCCCUAACCGUCCUCCUGGUAAUGUCUCAUGGAAGGUCGAUGGUUCUUUGGUUACUGUGAGAUGGGAUCAUGUUAAAUCCCUGGACAAUGAGUCUGCUGUGUUGGGCUACAAAGUCCUAUACAAGCAUGAAGGAAAGUCUGCUUUGAAGAUACUGGAGAAAGGCAAAACAUCCAUCAGUCUCCCGCUACCGAAAGACAGUGAUUAUGUGGUUCUCGAGAUCCGCUCUUGGGGAGAUGGUGGAGACGGAGCAGCCCAUGAGACCAUUGUGUCUCGAGACUCAGGAACUGGAAUGAUGGUCCAGAACACAGCUGCAACUUUUGAGCCCCUCUCCGCAUCAAUUCUGGGGUUGUCUGCACUCAUUCUCAUUGGCUUGUUAGGACUGUGAUUUAAGCCAAUGAUUAGGCAUUUCCCAAAAAUGUUACAGAUAAUUGAGCAGGUUUUCCUCAAAAGAGGCCGGGCUGUGGGUGGUGGGAUUUUUUGAUGAAAGGGAUUUUAAUGGUUGAGUAGUGAAACAAGAGUUAAAGUCAUUCAAUUCUUUUGUAUAAAAAGGCUUUUUUACAAGGAUGACUGGUUGUUGUAGAAUACAAGGGAGUCUUUGAGACAUUUUGAUUGUGUUAUAAGUUUAAUCACAAGAAGCUUGCCUUAUGGAAACUCAAAUUUGAGCAAUGGUUAUGUCAGGAAUCGGUUAGUUGCCACUUCUUGAACACAGACAAACAAAAUGGUCAAGAUUUGAUUUCUCUAAUUGGUGUAAAUACAGGUGAAUUGGUGAAAUUUCCAUACUGGACAAAAACGCAAAUAUCCUUUUUUUUACUACGUUGUUGCUACUUCAUGGCAGUAUGUGGACUGCAAAAUGAUCCAAAUGAAUGUUUACUUUUUUAUUGUUUUAUUUAUAAUUUUUUGUGAUUGUAUGUAAUGUAAUUGGAGGCAAGAGCUGACCAUUAUUUUUAUUAAUAAUGUUUUAUAUCUGUGUAGACCUCAGAAUGAUUGUAGCAUUCUGCCUAUCCCUUAUUGUUCUACUUUUUAAAGAUGAAUAAGGCGGUACAACAGAAGCUGAUAAAGGAGGCUUGGCUUGCCAAAGUUAUCACUCUGUGUUAUCUAAAUCAUUAUUAUUGCCAUUUGUAUAUUUCUCAAGUGUUACAUAAAUAUGACGUUCAUGGGUUGUGAUUUACUUUCUUGGCACAAAUUUCACAUUAAUACAGCAUACAACUGGACAUUGAACAAAGCUGAAGAUAACAUUCAUGGACAUCCAAGUUAAUCAUAAUCCUAUUAUACUGUAUAAUAAGGUUUUGGUUGCUUCCUACAAGGUACAUGUGAAGCCAUUUGUUGUCUGAAAACCAAAAUGCAGGGAUGCAAACUACUCGCUUUUCAGCUAUAGUCACCUUUUUUGAAGGUGAUUUGCCCAGGUUUGGUUACAUUUCUACAUUAGACACUUAAAAAAAGCUUUAAAUACUACAUAAAAAAAGCUUACAAUACAACACACAAAUCAACUGAAAAUAUAUAUCUGGGACACCUGCUAUGACUUUCUAACCUUUUUCAGUUUGCAUCCCUGAAUAUAUACUGUAUACAGUGUCCUGACCAAUUCUCUUAUAUUACCGAAUUACAAAUGGUGAAAUAAAAUUUUAUUCUGAUUGAUAUUUAAUUUUAAAACACUGAAAAUCAAAAUAAAUUAUUGUAAGGUGACAUAGAUUUUUUUGUUGGAAAAUAUUUUUAUGAAAAAUAAAAAAAUGAAAUAUCUUGCUUGCAUAAGUAUUCAAUCCCGACACAUUAAUAUUUGGUCAAGCCACCUUUUGCUGCAAUAACGGCUUUAAGUCUUUUGGGUUACAUAUGUACCAGCUUUGCACACAGUGACAAAGUGAAUUUGGCCCAUUCUUCUCUGCAGAUUUGGCAAAUUGUUCAGGUUGGUUGGUGAAGCUUGUGGACUGCAAUUUUCAAAUAAUGCCACAGAUUCUCAACAGGACUGAGAUCAGGACUUUGACUGGGUCACUGUAGGAUAUUUAUCUUUUUGUUCUUGAGCCACUCCAAUGUUGCUUUGGCCUUGUGCUUGGGAUCAUUUGGGGGAAUUUCCUCCCAAGCUUAGCAGACUGAAGCAGGUUCUCUUGCAGUAUUUCCUUAUAUUUUGCUCCAUCCAUUCUUCCUUCAAUCCUAACAAGAUUCCCAGUCCCUGCUGAUGAGAAGCAUCCCCACAGUAUGAUGAUGCCACCACCAUACUUCACUGUAAGGAUGGUGUGUCUUGAGGCAUAGGAAGUGUUAGGUGUGGCACACACAUAGCACCUUGAGUUUUGGCCAAAAAGCUCUAUCUUGGUCUUAUCUGACCUCAGAAAACUUCUCCCACUUCACAGCUGGGUCACUCACAUGCUUUCUGGUAAACUCCAGAUGUGCUUUCAGAUGGUACUUUUUGAGUAACAGCUUCUUUCUUUCCACCCUCCCAUACAGGCCAGAAUUAUGCAGUGCUCUUGAUAUGGUUGACUGGUGCACUAUUAAUCCAUUCCCAGCCACUGAACUCUGUAGUUCCUUCAAAGUGAUUGUUGGCCUCUCUGUGGCUUCUCUCACAAGUCUCCUUUUUGUUAAUGUGUUGAGUUUUGAGGGAUGCCUUUUCUUGGCAGUGCCUGGGUGGUGUGGUGCAGCUUCCACUUCCUGAUUAUUGUUCCAACUGUGCUCACUGGUAUAUCCAAACAUUUGGAUAGUAUUUGUACCCUUUCCCUAAUCUAUGCAUUUUCAUUACUUUAUCUCUAACUUCUGUAGAAUACUCUUUGGUCUUCAUUUUCCUUCAGAAUCUCAGCCUGACCAAUGAUCCUUCAACAAUGGGGUAUUUAUCCAGAAAAUGGUAAAGUAAUUGUGUCCUCAUUAGGGCAAUUUCUUUCAUCGGUGUAACCUGGCAGCUUCCACAGCAGAGGGGUUGAAUACUUAUGCAAGCAAAAUAUUUUUUUUUUAUUUUUUAUUUUUAUUUCCCAACAUAAAACCUAUGUCACCUAACAAAAUUGAUUCUGAGUUCCAGUGUUUUAAAAUAAAAUAUCAAACAGAAUGAAAUUUCAUUGCACCAUUUGUAAUUCAGUAAUAGGAGAUCAUUGAUCAAAAAUUGAAAUUUUAUUUCAAUACAGUGGCAAAAAACUUAUAAAAAAUAUUUGUACAUCCAUCUAAUGUCCCUUUUUUAUCUGUAAUAAUACUGACUUUCAGAGGCUCCUUCAAUUCAAGAAGGUAAAAUUAAACACUAUAAAUGUUUGUUCCCUAUCUGUCACUCCCUAUAGUGUCGAUGUAGUGACACUAGGGGUCACUCUUUGGAGCCCCAAACACCUCUGACGUUUUAAGAAAAGGCUAAUGAAAAUUGCAGAGUGGAAUUUGCAUGCCACUCCCCCAGACAUACGGGUAUAAAAGGAGCUGGUGUGCAAACACUCAUUCAGAUUUUCAAUUCGGAGACGAACGGUGUUGUUGCAUUCCACUGCCAAUCCAUUCACCUCUGCAAGAGAAAGCAAAGAGUGAAGUUCCGGUUAUGUGCUGUUUUCUGUAUAUCCUGGUUGCGGUCGUUAUCUCUUUCCGCUUCUGACAGUCACAAUCGCUGCCUUAUAUGUCUGGGCACCAGACAUGCUGAGACAGCGCUUGUGGAUGGUUCAUGUCUGCACUGCGAGAACAUGACCAUGGCCAGAUGAAUCCCCACAGACCUCCCAUUCCCCUGCACGCUCGUGUGCCCUGGUUGAGUUCUGGAUGAGCCAGGCGGCCCGCCUCAGAGUGGGUUCGACCUCUCAUUCGCCUAUGGGCGACGAAGGUCACAGUGCGGGCUCUCGGGUAGGCGAUACUCAUGUUGGUGGUCUAGGAGCGCCACCCAUGGCUCAACCUGCUUGAGAUUAGGCAUGCAGACAAGGUUCACUUCCUUGACACCCCCAUUUCCCAGGCUGGCCUUUUCAGCGACACUGUUGAAGACGUCACACGGCAGUUUUCGACGGUAAAGCAGCAGGCCGAGGCCAUUCAGCACAUCUUGCCCGGGCAUGGUUCAAGAUCACUCACCCCAUCUGCCUGCCACCAAGUUGAUCCCCCCCGUCUCACGGUCCGUGACCAAGAACCCUAGGAAGGCUUUUAAGCACCCCUGAGAUGGGCGACCUGGAGGUGAGGAGACUUUUUUUGUUGAGUUCGCCACACCCAAGGGGCUGCGGUACCCACAUUUUCAAAAACAAAGAGUGCUUCCCUCACUUUAUGCCUUCGGAUGUAAUUUUUAAGACAGCCAUGCACCGAGCAUUCGCUACGCCGCAAGACCCGUUCCGCAGGUACUUCAGCAGUGGUUUUCCCCUUAGUGCCUCGCCCGGAGUUUGAAGGCGUGGUUAACGCUCUCCAACCCGUCGCGAUGGCUGGCUAGGAUGAUCCGACUCGGAUAUGCAAUUCAGUUCGCCAGGCACAGGUUCAACGGUGGUGAGGCACAGGUAGACCUGUUUGCCUCCUGGGAAUCCUCCGCUGUGGUAUUCCCUAUCCGAGGCCCCCCUCGGCAUGGACGCAUUGGCACACAGCUGUCCCCGGGGUCUGUGCAAGUAUACGUUUCCCCCAGUGAGCCUACUUGCACAGACGUUGUGCAAGGUCAGGGAGGACGAGGAACAGGUCUUGUUGGUUGCACCCUACUGGCCCACCUAGACAUGGUUCCCCGAAAAUUGGUUCUAGCAAAUCCCCUGAGGAAGGACCUUCUUUGGCCCUUGGACGGGAUAUGGAAGAUCUUAGUGGUCUACCACCCACACUUCUACCAAGCAACUGUACGGCUUGAAGUGGCGCCUAUUCACAAAUUGGUGUUCUUCCCGAGGCGAAGACCCACAGAGUUGUGCAGUCAGAUCGGUGCUUUCCCUUCUGCAGGAGAGGUUGGAGGGGUGGCUAUCCCCCUCCACCUUGAAGGUGUAUGUAGCCGCUAUAGUGGCACACCAUGAUGCGGUGGACGGUAAGUAUUUGGGGAAGCACGACCUGAUCAUCAGGUUCCUUAGAGGCGCCAGGAGGUUGAAUCUACCUAGGCCACACCUCGUUCCCUCAUAGGACCACUCUCGAGCCCAUUUCGAGCCCUUAGAGUCAGUUGAGCUUAAAGCCCUCUACUUGAAGAUGGCCCUCCUGACUCCUCCAUCAAAAGGGUUGGGGACCUGCAAGCAUUCUCUGUCAGCAACACGUGCCUAGAAUUCAGUCCAGCGUACUCUCACGUGAUCCUGAGACCCCGGCCGGGCUAUCUGCACAAGGUUCCCACUAACCCCCUUUAAAGAUUAGGUGGUGAACCUGCAAGAGCUAACCUGGGAGGAGGCAGACCCAGCCUUGUCAUUGCUGUGUCCGGUACAUGCUUUGCACAUCUAUUUGGACCACACAGAGGGCUUUAGGCACACCAAGCAGCUCUUUGUCUGUUUUGGGGGACAGCAGAAUGGGGACGCUGUCCCAAACAGAGGAUUGCCCACUGGAUUGUGGAUGCCAUUGCUUUGGCAUACCAAGCCCAGGGUGUGACGUCCCCUUUGGGACUAUGAGCGCAAAUUACCAGGAGCGUAGCCUCCUCCUGGGCCUUGGCCAAUGGAGCCUCUCUAACAGACAUCUGUAGAGCAGCAGGCUGGGCAAUACCCAAUACCUUUGCAAGAUUUUAUAAUCUACGGGUUGAGCCAGUUUCGUCCAGUGUGUUGGUAGGUACAAACAGGUAAGGAUGCGUUUUUUUAUUUAGGCAAGUUUGAGGGCAGCUACGGCUAAAUGUGUUAUCAUUUUUACACUGUAUGUUACUUUCAAGGGAAAAGGUCUCGUGGUUUGAAUAAGUUGUUACUGUAAAUAUUGCAAUUUUACUUUGACAGAACACUAAUACUGUAUGUGUAAGAAUUGUUUGAUUUGAGCUGCAUAAUCACUCAUAAACACAUCAUCUGCAGCACAUUCUGUAACAUUAUUAUCCAAUAAUUCCUUCCAUAUUUUGUCCACAUGAUUUUAACUGUAAAAUAUGCUUCAUGAUCACUCAUUUGCAUUUAGAACAGUGUUAUUCAAAAGCUGUCAUUCAUAAACAGCAUCAUCAAUAGUUUAGUGGUUCUAGAACCAAACACUGGUAGCAGCAGAGUAAAUGAUACAUGUGAGAAUGUAGAAGCACUCAAAGUCAUGCUAGGAUUACGAAACCAAAACUACUGUACUGUUUGUUUUGUUCUCAUGCUUACAUGCAUUUUGUAAUCAGAUUAUGUGUGCACUAUGUAUAAUUCAAAUGGCUUUCUUUUAUACCACCUUUUCCUGAAUUCAUUCUGCUGUUUCACGUUGUGUACACUUCAAGAGCUCCAUUUCCAGGCUUUGCUCGAAACUCAAAAUCGAUAGCCAUUAAAACUGGACUCAGAUCGGUAAUGUCUCAUUUUACAUUAUAAAGAAUGGCUUUAUGUAAGAUUGCAGAUUGCUACCUUGAAGGUCACUCAGGUUGUGAUGUCAACAAGUUGUCUCUUUGAACUACAGUGUACCCCAGUUGUUGUAAAGGCUGAGCCUGUCCACUGUGGACUAAAUGUGAAUA